ACAUCAACAACAAGAUGGAUGAGGAGGAAAAUCCGUUCCUAUCCGGAUUCCUGACGGUCAAGUCACAGAGUGGAUUUUCGUGGCGUGUUACGAAAAAGGUAAAAUAUUGUCAGCUGUUCAAAUCGAGCCGACACGGUAUCGAGCGGCUCGAGAUAAGUGACGCCGAAAAUGACAAAACGCGUCGUAUCGUGACGCUGGAAAACUGCGUCAAAAUAGUGCUAGAUCAACCGCCACACAACACAAUCAACAUCGUGUCCAAGACGGGCCAGAUUCAGCUAUACUCGCCGGACGAAACGGUCGCCCGCCAGUGGACGAAUGCGCUGCAGAUAGUGGCAUUCAAAGACAAAUCCAAUCAAACGCCACCACCGCCCCGGCUAAACACGAUCGAGGAGGAUAACGAUCUGUACUGCUCGUCGUACAGUGAGGGCAUAUACACGGUCACGCUCAUACCGACCGACGCGUCCAUCAAGAACGGCAUCGAGCCGAAAAUGUACACGCUCGAGCUGGGCCAGAUGGAUAUGCGGUUGAAGUGUUAUGAGGACGAGAGCGUUACGGUUGCGCUGUGGCCGUACCGGUACAUCCGGAAGUACGGUUACCGGGAUGGUAAGUUUACGUUCGAGGCGGGACGGAAAUGUAACACGGGGGAGGGCACGUUCAAGCUCGACAAUGCCAACCCGCAGGACAUCUUUCGCUGCAUGCUGACGAAGAUGAAGUCGAUGAAGCGGAUCAUUUCCUCCUCGUCCGAACAUGAGUCACACGCAUUGAGCAGCCAGCUGUGCGCGGCGCUUGCGAUGGAACCGGGCUCGAGGAGUCCACUGCCCGGCGUCGUUCACUGUGAUGAAAAUAUGGCGGCACAUCUGUCCUCGAUCGAGCUCCUGCAUCAUGAUAGUGUGCCGAGCGCCUCAAUGGUGGCGAUGUCGUCGCAGCUGAAAGCCAUUCCGAAGAAACCGCCGCGCAAGCAAGGCAUCGUUUCAUCGGGGAACGUUCCUGGCGGUACCGAGUCCGAGCCAAAGCAUUCCAACGUAUCGACUGUGUUCAUUAAAAGCAAUGGACAUAACAUGCAGUGCGGCAGCCAGCAGCAGCAGCAGCAGCCACCAAACCAAACAAUACUGAUCCGCAACGUAACACCGAAUCUGGACGAUGUGCUCGACGGAUCGAAAGGCAAAGAGCUUGACUACGAGUGCGUAAAGGACAUUACGGACGCGUGGAAGCUGUAUGGGCUGAACGAUGUGAAGCACACAGAAGCGGUAGCGGACAGUGGUUCCUCGGCCACCACACCGACCAACGUUGGGCACGAGCAGCACGUGCGGCUGGAGUACGAUCGGUUAGACUUUUUCCGCACCUCCACGCGGCACCCAUCGGCCGACUAUAAAACGGUGGUACCGAUCCGGGUGUCCGGUGAAACGGGGGCACCCGCAUCCACGGUUCCGGUGCAACCGUCUGAUGAUUAUGAAAUCAUCGGUGAACCUUCACCAACACCACCACCGCUACCAGGCAGUGGUCCGGUUGGGUUGGUGGGAUACAAUUUAACGGCUGGUAUCGCCGCUACCUUGCGAAGCCGUAACCAAGACGGAGAAGGGUUCGAAUAUUCAGUAUUUAGCGGUGAGCAUCACCAGGAUCAGGAGCAACAGCAUCAUCAGCAGCCACGUAACAUAAGCGCUACCAUUAACUAUGCGACGAUUAGCAAACCGAAACGGGUUUAA